GCUUGAAAAGAUUCAAUCUCGCCCCCAGUUCGUGCGAGCAGCCAAUAAAAAUCAUUUGUGAGUGUAAAUAGGGGAAGCGCAUUUCUGCCUGACACUUUUUACAGGAAACCAAAAAAAAAAAAAAAUGGAUAAUACGCCCACACAAACAACGAGACGAACAAAACCUCGCGAAAGAAACAGUCUGCUGAAAAAAUAUUAUGGACUUAAAGAAACCGAUGCAAACAUUGCAAAGACAGUCGAAGAAGACAGCAAACCUUUUGACUUGGAUGGAAACACCUUUAACUCGAGCAAGUACUUUGCUUCGCUUUUGAAAGUAAAGCCACUUCAAGGUUUAAUUGAACGAGACAAUGAGCUUGUUGGAGAGAUUAGAGAAAUUGAUGGAGAGAUGAAAACGUUGGUAUACGAGAACUAUAGUAAAUUUAUUAGUGCAACCGACACCAUCAGAAAGAUGAAGUCAAAUGUCGAGAACAUGGAAUCCGAAAUGAGUCGCUUAAAUGAAAACAUGUCCGCCAUAACUAAACAGUCGAAACUUAUCAACGACGAGCUGGGACCAAACAGACAAAAAAUCCAGCAGUUAUCAAACGUCCAUAAUUCUUUGAAGAGGCUUCAAUUUAUUUUCGAAUUACCUAAUCGACUUCAGCAUUGUUUAAACAAAGGGAAAUACGGCCAGGCAGUAAAAUACUAUUCUAAAGCCAGUAAACUUUUAAAUCACUACAAGCAUAUGGCUGCAUUUAAAGGUAUCGAGAGAGAUUGCAACCAAAUAAUGGAUAAAGUAAAGCAAGAGAUUUGGAGUGGGUUGACUGACACUAAUGUUAGCCUCCAAAAAAUUGCCGAAGAAACAAAGCUGUUGGUAUUACUUGGUGAAGAUGCUCAUAGAUUAUGGAAAAAAUAUAUUGAAAUACAGAUUUCAAUGUUGGAAAAGAAACAAGAAUCUUCCAAUCCAAAUACUAUAGAUGAUUUGGUUCUUUCUUACAUAAAGCCAUUAGAAGAUAUCGUGAAACAUUUCCAAAGCUUAUUUUUGGCUAAUGUAAUUGAAGAAAAUGCCGAAAGCGAUGUGGCCUCUGUGGCAAAUUUGGACAUAUCCGAAAAAGACGAGGCGAAAACCGACUUGUUAAAUGCGAUUAAUCCAUAUAUUGAAAAGUUCUUUAUGCUGGCUUCAAAGUUUAUUGAAUUACCUCAAAACGUAUCACUCAAAGAACAACCUUUAAAACAAGUGGCAUGCCUUUCUGAAUUGAAAUUGGCUUUAUCGCAGCAGACGCAUGCAUUGACAACUGUUGCAAAAAUCGACGAACGUAUGGUUGAUUUAAACGCCAAUUGGGAAGACGAUCUUAUAAAUGGGGUACUGGACUCUGCAAUCACAGGAUUAAGAGAUCAUGUGAACAAAUUCAUUACUUCUUUACAAGAAAUAGCAGGGAAAGGAGAUUCAACGGAGUUCAAUACAGAUGAAAUCGCAGGAUUUAUUCAAGAUACCCAGGCAUGGCUUGUAGACCACAUAAUAAAUUCGUGCUUAUUACCACUCAAGGAGUGUCUCGAUGUCAAUAACCGAGAAACCUUAAGCCGAAUCCAAAAUGGCAUAAAGACAAUAUGGCAAAAAAUAAGAAAUCGUUUUGAAAAUGUUCACAAGACAAGUGAGUUGGAUAAAGCGUCCUUACAAAUUCUUAUGCUGGUUGGAUCCAGGUUAUGUUAUGAUCUUGCAGAUAAUGGCAUAUUCCAAGUUUACUCCAUAUUUUCAUCAAGAUUUUGCAAACAGAGAACGAAAGCACCAAAGACAUCAUCCAAUAGUCCUUAUCGUUCACCUGAUUUAGAUGCUAAAAUUGAGCCUCGAGUCAUUCCAGACAUGAACAAUAUGAUUGAAGGUUAUCUACAAACCGGACAGACCUUAUUAAACAAACAAAUGAUGCAAGAAGGAUAUCGCUUAUCCACUAAAAUCCAGGAAGCUUAUCUACUAUCAACUUUAACAAAUGUCAGUCAAGUCUCUGAAAUAUGGUAUCUCGUAUUCAAUAGACUAAAAUAUACGGAAAGAUUGGUUGAAGCAGUCUAUCCACAACAACAACAUAAUACACCACAGGGAACUUCCAUCGACAAUUCAGAAUCCGAAUACGAUUAUGGACCUUACUCGACUAAAAAUGUUAUUCAAUCUACUCACAGUCUUACAACAGUAUCCUCAGUAUCCGAGGUUCAACCUUUACCAUCAUCAACCAAAUUUGGAAGCAAUGACAUGACAUUGAACAUGAUGAACAAUAUCGAUAAAUUGUUUGCUGAACGUGUAGACGUUUACGGAAAAGUAGAGCCCACUCCCUCAGGUGUCUGUAAAGGGUUAAUCCUUAUUCUAUUGAAGGCAUUUUUGGAAGUAACAAGGGAAAUGCAAAUGAGUACAGUUCACUAUCAACAAAUCCAAGUAGAUAUAGAAUACAUCAAACGAAUCGUGUGGCCUUACACUGGUGACGAAAAAUGGGCUAGUAUAGUGCUACAAGAAGUGUUGUCUGGUGUAUAUGCAAGAUGUCUCUCACCUAUAUCUAUAAGCCAAGAUGAACUGGCUUUGAUAUUGACCCCUUGAAUAUUUCUAAUAAAAAUAGUGUUUGUCACGACUUUACAUUGUGUUACCGAAUAUGACUUCUUAGUCCAGGACUCAAAUGACAUGUGACCCCAUGUUUCUUUGUUUAUGAAAGCUUAUAAUUAAC